GGGAACUCCAGCAGCUCCGCUCCGUAUAUUUCCACUGACCCUCCGUUUUAGGGAUUCAUUCAUCCCAGUCAGAGCUGCCGCUCGGUCUGUCCGGACAGGAUCUGUCCAUUCAUCUACCCGUCUGUCUACCCAGCUGUGCACAUCUCUCCUUCCAUCCAGCGGUGCGGGCGUCCGCACAUCUACAUCUGGGAAGGUCAGACACAUCAUUUUCCAUCGGCGGACCUGCCAACUUUUUCUUAAAAAGAAAAAUCAUCCCCUCCUGAUCAACGUUUUAUCAUCGGACAUUAUUACUGCAUUAAUCGGAUCCUGACGCUGCUGGAUGGAUGGCUGACCUCGGAGCUCACUGAUUGGCUCACUGAGCUUCGUUGGUCGCAGCUGCUGUUAUGGCCAAAAGCCCGGAGGUAAAGCUGGCCGUCUUCGGCAGAGCGGGGGUGGGCAAGUCAGCUUUGGUGGUGAGACUUCUGACCAGACGAUUCAUCUGGGAGUACGACCCAACACUUGAAUCCACAUAUCGGCACCAAGCCAACAUUGAUGAUGAGGUUGUUACCAUGGAGAUUCUGGACACUGCAGGACAGGAGGACAUACAGCAGAAGGAGGGUCACAUGCGUUGGGGUGACGGAUUCGUUAUCGUGUAUGACAUCACAGACCGGGGAAGCUUCGAGGAGGUGGCCCCGCUCCGGAGUCUCCUAGAGGAGGUGAAGAAGCCGAAGAAUGUCCCUCUGGUCCUGGUGGGCAACAAGUCGGACCUGGACCACGUCAGGCAGGUUGGCACAGAGGAAGGCGAGCGGCUAGCAGCUGAAAUGGCAUGCGCCUUCUACGAGUGCUCCGCGUGUGCCGACGAGGGUGGCGCGGUCGCAGAGGCUUUUCACGAGCUCUGCCGCGAGGUGAGGCGCCGCAAGGCCGUACAGGGCAAGGCCAGACGCCGCAGCUCCACCACUCACGUCAAACAGGCCAUCAACAAGAUGCUGACCAAGAUCAGCAGCUAGGGAAGAGCCACACCACUGUCUGAUGACACAGGAACAAAAGAUUUUAUGUAAAUGUUUCAAACAAUUUUUAGCUCCAAAAUGGACAAAAACGGACUGAUUUGAUGUGAAAUGUGUUCUUUACUUAUUAUGUGAUCAUUUUCCAAAAAAAGAUCCCAAGUGCAAUGUCAUUCUUCAUUCUGGAAAAAGUAAAUGAUGUUGUCACUGGGAGCCUUAACAGAUUAUUCCUCAUCCAAACAUUUGAGCUCAUUUGGAUCAAAGUAAUCCUGGAUACUGGUGAGAUGGGAAGGGUUACCCGAUGAAUCAUUAAUAAGGUGAGGUUCGCAACUUUUUUCCUCUCAUCCUCUCAUUUAAUUCUCUUUAAAUCAAUAAAUAAGCCAGAGGGCAGUCUGAAAAUUAUGCAUGCGAGCUGUCUCAUUUAGCAUGCGAAGAAUCCAAGCAUUUUCUUAUGAGGAGAUCCGUAGCUCCUCUCUGUAUCUUGUCUGUAGGGGGGAUAUUGUGAUGUGCUUCAUCCCACGUGUCUUACUGUUCUGUCAGCAAAGAAAAAUAAGAUCAGAGAACUACUAUUAGAUGAAAUUAGAGCCACUGUCCUAAACCCGUGUCAACCCUAGAAAAAUCCCCAGAGCUGUCAAUGCCUGUCCUUCAAACAAGCCUAGCAACAAAGUUCACAAUGUUCUGUUGACAUUAAGUGCGCUGCGCCGGACUGUGGCUCCCUGUGUUUGUCCAUGACAUGAGAACUCAAGAUCCUUUCCUCAAGGAACGGAAGCACAGGUUCAGAACAUGUCAAGGCUAAUGAGUGAACAUUUUAGCUGUUUUCUCCAAAUCUACGAUGAGAAGCAGUCUGCCGUCCAUCCUAACCUGCCACAUUCCAGGGAUGCUCUUCAUGGCUGUAAUGUUAAUACUGUAAACUACAGUAUGUUUGAUAUAGUAUAUUGCCUUACGCACUGCUGUGUCUUAGGUGUGUACAGAACCCAAAGGCAUCUACAGUAGGUGAUACUGUAAUUAUUGAAAUGUAAUAUCUCUGUUUCUUUCUCAUGUAUGUAACCAAUCUCUGAUCAAAACAACCAGCUGUGCACAUGUAAUUAAAAACUGAGAUUUAU